CUACUGAACGGUAACGUCAAAAUGUUAUUUUUUCUUAGAAUCGAAUAGAAGUAGACAAGUAUCAUUUUCGCCCGUCUUAUAAUCUAAUGAAAUGAUCUUUUUAAUACGAGUAGUUGAGUAGCAGUGACAUAAAUUAUGAUGAGGAGUGCUUUCGUCAUCGGGCUAGUACCGGAAUGUCGCUGGGGGGUGUCAAAUUGUGUCGUGCAUUUACCUCAAUUUCUCGGUUACUGAAGGUUCGCGAUUAUAUUGACGCCUUAGACAUUCUAGAGCAUUGCUUUAUCACUUUAACUUGACUUUCUGGUAACCUUUAGUGUACCUUUAAGGAGGAGGCCGAGCUGCAACGUGAGCCCCCCAGGACGAAAUUUCUGGCUAUGCCCCUGGUGCUUGCAGGGGGCUAUAUUAUCAUCUUUUUUUUUUCCUUCCGGCAUUAGUACACGAACCAUUCACCCGCUCAACCGCGAGACUUUCCUUCUGCAAAGGUCUCAUUCCUCAACUAGUCGGCUGCACUUGAUAGAUGAACGGGGAUUGACUGAUAAUCUGAUUAUUGCGGCAAUGCAGGGCGACCAAGACCCCAAAAAAGCAUUCUGAGAUCGCUAGACGCCAUUUUCUUUCUAGUGGUCGAAAGUGAUUGAUGCAUUACGAAACCACUUUACUAUACGUAGCUGGAAUCGUGGCACGGGAGCCUACAGCGUUGCGCGCCGACACCUGCACGCUCGUUGCAGUCGCGGCGCGUCGGCGGCAGGUGGCGCCGGCCCUUUUGAGCGCUCUCCCUCCACGCCGCUUACUCGCCCUCUCGAUUCCGAAGCGCCCCACCUCCUCGCCCGCUGUCCGAUUUCUAUGCCGCGCGCUCCAGCAAAGCGCUCACACUGGCACGCGCACCUCGGGCGCUAACGCUGACGGGCGCUGCUGAGCUUCGCCGAGCACGGACUGUUGCACGCGCGCCGACACACGGACGCUCGUCGCCCCUCGUGCCCUGCGCACUUCGUCAGCCUUCCAGCGUCGCGCGGCUCCUUCGCUCGCCUUUCCAAACUUCAGCGAGAUUCUGUCAUUGCACGAGGCUCUGCUUGGACCGCGCUGCCAAACGCGCGUCGGACUUUCUGCAUCUCUGACGACGCCGGACGUCCUCCCUGCGGGUCAAACAUGAACAACACGACGGAGCUGCUCUCGGUGGCCGACGGUCGUCGGGACGUCCUCGUUGGCAGCUACCUACUGGCUGUCGGGUUGAUCGGCAGCGUGGGAAACGGGAUAAUUCUAAGCAUGUACGCAUGCGUGUCGUCCGUGAUGGACCCCACGAGCCUGCUCCUCAUCAGCCUGGCGGCCUCUGACUUCGGCAUUGUCAUUUGCAGCCCCAUCUCGGCCACGGCCAGCUUCUCCGGGAGAUGGAUCUUCGGCGAUACGGGAUGCCAGGCUUACGCUUUCAUCGGCUUCUUCUUCGGCUCGGCUCAUAUUGGAACCCUCACUCUUCUAGCGCUGGAUCGCUACCUGGCCACCUGCCGCAUUGGCUUUCGCGGCAAGCCUACAUACAAGCGAUACAUCCAGCUGCUGGGCAUGGUCUGGUUCUACGGGCUUUUCUGGGCUCUCAUGCCUCUACUAGGAUGGGCCAGGUACGGAAUGGAGCCUUCGUUUCAGUCAUGCACGAUUGACUGGCGACACAACGAUGCCAGCUACAAGUCGUUCACGGUGGUCUACUUUGUGCUGGGAUUCCUGGUGCCGGCCUGCAUUGUCGUUGUCUGCUACCGCACUUCGUCGGCGCACAUCCGGGUCCCCAAGCCCACCGUCGUACGCCCCACCGAUAUGAACGACGACUUCUGGGCGAACCAAGAUUCAGUCACCAUGAUGGUGGUGCUAAUUGUGGCAACGUUCUUCGCGGCCUGGACGCCAUACGCUGUGCUCUGCUUGUGGGCCGUGUUUGGCAAGGCUUCUGCGGUGCCGCAUCUGGUGGCCGUUGUGCCGCCGCUGUUCUGCAAGACGGCCAGCGCCAUCAACCCAUUCAUCUACUUCUUCAGCAACCCUCGCAUCCGGACCGACAUCUACGCGCUGCUCACCUGCCGAUGCAAGACUCUCGGCAGGCGAAGCUGCUCCAUCGAAGAGGACUACUGCUAACCGCCACCUAACGGCGCUGUUUCUGAGGCCGCUCAUCUGGCGACACUAGUGCACCUCGCGGCAUCACAGUCCUUUUUUUUUGUACAAGCAUGUUCAGCGGCAGGUGGUAAACGCGAGGCUUAAGCACUAGCGUAUGGCCAAGCGGAAGCAGCGGGCAUUUACCACAUUUUUUGAACAAGGGUGCAUCAUCUGGGCAUCACUGGCCAACUUACAUUGUGGAAGAGUCAGAGUGCUGAUAGACAAUUGAAAUUCGCAUUUCCUUGGAACAAUACUUUACAGGGUCUUGAUGGUUGUUUCCUGUAUCCGAGAAUGUAGUCGCUUAGAUUAAGUAUUUUAAUCAAAACUGUCGGAAGCUCUCGAGACUUACUUGGGUGAAUAGAUUAGUUGAAUUUUUUUUUCUGCCUAUUCCCGUUCCGUUGUGCCCAUAGCGCUUUCCGUUGUGCGUCUGCUAUGUCAGAAAAUUAGUUUGUAGUUUUAUUUUAUUUAGCUUUAUUUUAUUUUUUUCUUCGCUGUGGGCUGUUAUGUAUUUUACUCAGGAUUUUCACGAAAAUCAUCUGAGACAUAAUUCGCAAUUGCUGUCGCUUGCCUCAAAAAGAUUGGAGUAAUUGCUUAAGUAAACAUGUGGAAAUAAACUGAACAUUCAUUAAACUAGCCCCGAGACCUAAAUAAUUUAUAUGUUCGGACAAUAUUGAGAUAUUUAUAACGCUGCGUACUUUGUAGAUAACAAGUGCUUCACGUGAUAAAUCAGAUCAAUUCAUUUUAGCGACGCGCGUUUUUGAGCGCAGCGUUUACUAUAAUCACAUCUUUGUUUCCCGGUUUGGAAUGAGUAAGAGGGACUAUUGGCCUCUUAUCUUAAACCCCGAUCUGAUUAUGAGGCAUACCGUAGUGGGGGACUCCGGAAUAAUUUGGACAACCUGGGGUUCUUUAAUGCGCACAUAAAUCUAAGUUCACUGGUGUUCUCGCAUUUCGCCCCUUUCAGAAUGCGGCCGCUGUGACCGGAAUUUGAUCUAGCUACCUCGUGCUUAGCAGCCCAACACCGUAGCCACUAAGCAACCACGGUGGGUUCUUAUUCAACAUUCAAUCGCCUUCAAUGUAAAUCCAGAAAUAAAGGCCUGCGCCCCGACGCCAACAUACCUCCCUAAGUAAAUCACCUAAUGUGCAUUUUUAGAUGCAACUCCUUUCCCUUUUACUGCGUCGGAGUUCUAUACGUGUAUGCGAUAAUUCAGUGGGGUUUAAGCGCGUGUAUGCGUGCGAAGAAUUCCCCUAGUUAAGUGCUGGAUUCACAAUGCUUCUCAUUUGUGUCAACUGUAUGCCAUUAGUAGGGUAUUUUGUUUUUUUAAUAUGCGAGUACUGUUUAAUUCUCGUUAUUCAGGAUUGUUCAGGAAACAAACCUCAGAUUUUAAAGCAACUCGCGUGACAAACGCCUUUUAUUGUGGUCUGGCGGAUGUUCGCUGUUCUACUUGUCGUGGCGGCUCGGCUGCCGAGGACGAUAUCGCGGCUUCCCGGCCCCGGGGGCCACAUCUCCACGAAAUACGUACACGCAAAGCGCACGCGUCAACGGGUUAAAGAGCCCAGUGGGUUACAAAUUAAUUCUGAUCGCCUCGCUGCGGUGUGUGUCAUUGCUGUGGCAUUACCGUAGCUGUCGUAGCUUCGGGCUUUCUUGAAGCCCUUGUCCUGACCAAAAAUAAAAUGAACGUUCCCCAUAAACCGGCCCAUGAGUGCUCGCAAACCGAAAGACCCACGGAUUAAAAAAAGAAAGCAUUAUGCAUCCUCCCUCACAUUAUUCGGGCUUCGCGUCUCCGUUAGGAGAAAAGCCGACAUUUACAUCUGAGACGUUCGUUAGUUUUGCGCAACAACUUUAGUAACAGGGCUUAAGUUGUCCUUUUUUGCCUCUGGUGAAUCAGUGGUGUUGGCGACUUCGCAUGCUGCAGCAAUGACUAAGAGCAGAGCCUAAGUUUGGCGCUUCGUUUAUCCGUCAGUACGACGAGGGAUAGAUUAGAAGCUGUCAUGAUAUUGCAGUAGACCGUCAGUGUCGGGCCAAUAACUGCGAAAUAUGCGUGACCUCUAUUGUCUGUUUCAAGGUCACACAUAAUGACUGCACGGUCGCGCAUGCCCAUUUACGGCAGAUAAUUCAUCAUCGAAACCAGUUGCACGUUCAUCACGUGGCUGCAGUAGUCACCAUCGGUGCCGCAGAGUGGUUCGAAUGUAAAUCGACACUGCUAGGCGCGCUCGAACGAUACACAGAAGCGCAACUUGACAGGCUAUUUCUCCAUUCAGUUAACACUUCAAUGAGACAUAUUCGUGUUUAUGGACUGCUCACCAAAGUUCAGCUCCUUGAAUUACAGCCUGCGGAGUACAAUCGUUAAGAGUCCUGCCGCUUUGAUUCUUGCGUUAAAUCUUUCUCGGGCAACUUGUUGAACAUAUGGCACUGCUUUUAAGAUGUGCCAAAGUGGAACUGCGCAUACUCCACACUUACACAAGCUCUUGCCAUCUCGCUCUCGCUAUUCGUUUCUUUUGUCCUUACGGUUGUUGGGAGCAAGGGCAGCGACGCCCAUGUGCGAACCAAAUGAACCGGCAAGAACUCGUGAAAGCCAUAUAGCAGCUGCAAGUUCUUCCCAUUCACUGGGCAGAGCCCCUAAACCUUUUCAAUUCUUAUCGUUCGUCAUUGUGACGUCGGCGCGUUUGAUAACGCUGCACUAGUUAGCGUAGACGUCAGAUCAAUUGCAAAUGGCGGGGCGUAUUAUGACUUAUACUUGGGCCGACCAGCUGAAACUGUAAAAGCGAUCAUUUCGUUUGCUUCGUACUGCCAUCGGUCGCGUAGAAAAUAAAUUCGAAGCGUUACACGCACUUGCCGUGACUGAAUUUUGGCUGCUGUUUUUGAGGCCAUGUGUUCCCCUAUUCCAUGCGUUUGACGACCUGCAAAAUAUUUGAAAUGAGAAAUGUCGGGACUAACGUGUGCUAUACACGUAUGCUGUGCACACACAACAGUAUACACAACACUGAGUAAGUGACGCUUGGGCCCCUCUGUAUGAUUGCUGUUAUAACUCGCAGAUUGCAUUGGAGCCCAAAAUAUUUCCGGACAUUGCUAUUAAUGACUGUUGCAACUGAUGGCUCCGGUUGCUUUACUGUUAUUGAUAUUGUUUGUAUAUCGCAAGCGCUUUUAGGUGCCUGCGGCCUUCUAUUUUGCUUGUACUAAAGAAUAGUCGUGGUUGAACGCGGUUUAACCAAAUUCAUCGAGCGAUAGCAUGGUUCUGCUAGUACUGACGCUACUCGGCACCGUCAGCAACUACCACAUCUACAAUUGUACGAUUGCACCACAACACACAGGGGCUGUUUGGCGCUGCAGCAGCAGCGAGCGAAUUGACCUUCAUGCUGCGUCUCGCUUCAACGCGAACUAAGCGUUGAAAGCACACCUGAUACAAAGCUAUCAGCACAUCGCAGAUCGUUUUGAAGAUGAGGCCGGCGCGACCGCCCACUUUGUCCACAUCGCGCAUCUCUUUCAAGAUAUUGGCGCCCGCACGGCGUACGCAGCAGCCGCCGGUAGCGGCUGGCUGAGUACCAGCUUGACCUUGGCUGACCUUGGCUGACCUUGAAGGUCAUAUUUACGGAACCAGUUGUUUUCUGGAUUUGUACCUGGAGUAGUAGAGCUAUAACUCUAAAAAAUGAGCCGUAAUUUUAUUCUGCACUAGGCUUCCGCGUGGCUCCUCCACCUAAGCCUGUGUUUUCUACUUCCAUGGCUACUAAUUUACUUUUUAGCGCAAAACAACGGGUUAGCAGACGUAGUACAACGACUACGCAGCAAAGUGUAUUGCCGUAUUUUCACCAAAAGGCAUUCGCGAAAUAUGCACGUUAUUAUCAAAGAUGCGCGCAUGGAUAACACCAUUAAAACCAGAGUAGGAGUUGGUGCGCCGUCUUCUGCGACCUUAUGUAUGUGCGUCUGCUGUGUCCUUUGUUCGGCGCUGAAAAACAAAUCGUGGCAUGCACCACCUAGUUAUAGCCAAAAUUCUAUUGCUUCUAUCUUCAACAUUGCUCUCUUAGGUCGCGUUACACUAACUGCUCCAACUAGCGAUAGCUCUACUGUUCUUUUUUUUUUAUGUGAUUAGCAUUAUUUGGGAACUUUAGCCAUUUCCCGGUUUUUUCGUUUAUAUCUAACCUCUUUCACCCAGUUACCCAAGUUUUCUACUAGCUUGGACCACUAGAUAUGUGUUGGCUGCUGUCUUGUUGAGAAGGCAACGUGGACCACCGGGCAGUGUGCUGGAAAAAAUUUGCUGCUGGCCGCUGCGUGGCCUAGUAGGCAACUUUCGUCACUGGCUAUGUACUACUGGCUGUGUGCCCGAACAGACAACUUCCGUAUGGCGUAUGUGAUAUUGGUAGGUGCCGACUCUUGGCCAGUACCCCAUAACGGAUGUGCCAAGGUGUCACAAGGGGUACGUAGCCUUACAUAUAUUUUAGCGACAACGCCCCAUCCGCGACGCCUUCGCGUCGAGUGCGGCCGCUCGGGGGGCAGCCAUUGCAACGAAGUUGCAGCCAGAAUACACGGGAGAGUGGGAGUUGCCACCGAGUUUCAACAGGGGGGUGGUGAUUACAAGAUUUAGUGUGUCGUCGUAUCGUUCGGCAUUGUAGUCGGCAGCGAGACUGCCAUUUCGUGUGUCUGUUGAUUCGUGUGAGCUUUCGUAAUUCACGGAUGGCAUGGGGAUACAAUAAUCAUCAUAAUAAUCAUCAUAACGUUUAAAACAUAUCCCCAUCCCCAAUUCCCCACCCGCCAUAAGAAAGAUUGCUAAUCGCAUUAUUGACGCCAAGCAUCUCCAAAGGAUGGAUGCGCCGACAGUUUUUUUUUCUUUGCUAACAUUAUUUCUUCGAACAGUAGAGUUCUUCUUCUUUCCUUCUUUCUUCUUUAUGAUUGGCCUCAUUUUCCUUCUGUUUACCAGUCCCGCACCUGUUUGGGGGAAACUGCAGCUGAGGUAUGAAAUGGCGGGGAAUUCCUAGUACAUCUUGGUACCCUCCAAACCAUACCUUUAAACACUUUCCUUCGGCCGAUGUUUAUUUACUUCUCGUCAUACAUUGCACCAUCUGUAAUGUGAACACUCAUUUCAUUACAAAUGACAGCACUUUCAUAUAAACAGAGGUUACAGCUAUUUUCUAAUGUUAUAAAUCUAAUACAUCAAGAGCACUUUAUCUGGGGCACACCCAACUAUUUUUCGAUAGUGAUAUGUGACAUCUUAUCCGUCAAUUCUGUAAUGCCUCGGCACUGAGAACGGCAUACAACAAUGCGUAAUGGAAUACAGGUAAAGCUCGAUCUAACGAAACCCGAUUUUACGAAGUUCCUCGUCUAACGAGGAAAUUUCCAUUCCCCGGCAACUGCCCAUAAGGUUCGAUGUUGUCAUCAACCCGAAUUAACGAAACUAGCUUGCAUUAAGCCCCAUUUAACGAAUCUUUGCCAGAAAUAAAUCAGUAAGAAAAGCUGAGAUUUCUUUCGAAUUUUGACGCAGACUUGUUUUCUUUGAGCGUGCGCUCUAACGGUAUCGCGUUAAAACAGCUAGGCAUCCUAGUCACGACCCUAGCUUUAUUUUCACGUGGCUGUACGCCGCGCCCAUGCACAGAACAACGGACUCAGGAAUCGCUAGUUAUGUGAGUCAUAACUACUAGAUGGCGCUACGGGCGGCGGUAUUUGGCCGCCCUCGCGGAGUUUUUACACGCGCAGGCGUGGGUUAGCGGCAAAUACAAUGCCGCGGUAUUUUUUUUUUUUUUUUUGGUGUCGCUACGUUACCAUUUUAGGUUUUGAAGAACCUAAAAAUUCCUUGCUCAAUUUUCCGAACUUCCCGACUUAACGAAAUAAUUCGCGCGUGGUUUCGGGAUCUUCGUUAAAUCGAGUUUCACCUGUAGUGGGAACAUGUUCGCAUAUGGAACGUUUUCUGUCAUUCCAGUGUGUCGUUACUACGGCCUGUUGUAAUAAGGGCACGUUACCAAGAACAAAUAAAGCCAAUCGUUAUAUCGUGAAGUAUAUAUUUACAUGUAUUUUACAUAGAUUACCCGCCGCCUAACCAUAAGUGGGAUCUGUCUGCCACAGUGCCCAUUUUCUCCUUCUGUAGUCCAUUUCUUGUGCCGAGUACAUGCAUUUAUACAUGUUGUGUACAUGCCUUUGUCGUUUCGUGUUCUUUAUCUGGCGGUCCUUGUACAAAAAGAAAUGUACACGCCUACGGGCAUUAUUCUGUGGCAAUCUAUACACAAUAAAAUUCUAAGUAUUUCUUGA